GGAGCGCUCGGCAAGUGGCAGACUGGCUUCCUAGCUACUGGCGUCUGUAUUUGGUGGUCAAGUGGCCCGUGCCCGUGCGUCUUCUGCGAGCUCCCCCUGCCUCAGCUCCAGGCCUUAUGGAAGAAGGCUCAGGCAGUUGUUGCCAGGACUCCCUGUGGUUUAUCCAAGUAGAAGACACUGCUAUGGUGUGUCCUGGUGUGCCAGGGAGGAGCUCAUAAUGCAGACUUGCCCGCUGAACCCUCCCUCUGAAAGACAAAGCAGCCUUCUGUACAGGAGGAAGUGUCUCCUGCAGCUGAGCAAAGCUCCCUUGCUUUUCCAGUGACAUCAGGCUGUAAACUUCCUGGCUGUGUCUCAUGGAGCUUUCCUGAGAGACAGGUACUGCAGCCUCUCUGUGUAGCUCGGCUACCUAAGGGCAGAUGAGCGGUGAUGUGCGUGUCCACUCCUGGCCUUGCUCCUACUAUCUGGACCUUGAGAAGCAAUGGGUUCCUGGGAAACUGACCUUGACACCUCAUUCACUGAAGUUCAGUGCGGACAGAACUGAAGAGGUCCUUGUCGGUCUGCCCCUCUCCAGCAUCACUGAGAUCAGAAAAGAGACUUCUCUCUUUAUCUUCAGUGCCAUCACAGUCCUGGAGAAGGGCCAGGCCAAGCACUGGUUCGGCUCCCUGCGGCCCAGUCGCAAUGUGGUCUUCAACAUCAUUGAGCACUUCUGGAGGGAGCUGCUGCUGUCCCAGCCGGGCCCUGCUUCCAGCACGGCCUCCCCGAAGACCAGGGGCCAGGAGCUGAUGGGACUGAUGGCUACUUCCCAGAGACGCAUGGAAGACACAUCGAAGGUCCUUCACCAUCAGGGCGAGCAGCUAGACAGUGUGAUGAGGGGCCUGGAGAAGAUGGAGUCAGACCUAGAUGUGGCUGACAGAUUGCUGACAGAAUUGGAGACUCCUUCCUGGUGGCCUUUUAGCUCUAAGCUUUGGAAGAUGCCAGCAGAAGUAAAGCCCAAGGAAGGUGUUCCUGUAGCCACUUGUGAGCCCUUUGGAAAGGACGGGGUUGUGAUCAGAGUCCCUGCUGUUGUUUCUCCGAGAACGGAGUCUCAUUCCAAGCCGGGAAAGCUCACUGUCCUGGUUUCUGGUCUGGAAAUCCACGACUCCAGUUCAUUGCUCCUGCACAGGUUUGAGAGGGAAGAUGUCGAUGAUAUCAAGGUUCACUCUCCUUAUGAGGUCAGCAUACGCCAGCGGUUCAUUGGGAAGCCAGACGUGGCUUAUCGGGUGAUAUCUGCCAAGAUGCCAGAGGUCAUUCCCAUUUUAGAAGUGCAGUUCAGCAAGAAGAUUGAGCUCCUGGAAGAUGCCCUCAUGCUCAGGAGCAGGGGCGGGGCGUCCCCUGCAGUGAGCAGCUGCUCCAUUCAGCAUGCAGCGUCCAGACUGAUGGGCUGCGCUUCACACCGGGAGCUGCCCGCAGGAGCCCAGGAGGGCGAGCAGCUGCAGCUGCAGAGGAACUGGCCACUGCUCUCUGAGGGGGAAGCCCAGGAGCUGACACAGAUCCUGAGCAAACUCAAGGGGCUGGCACUGGACACCGAGGCAGAGCUUGAACGCCAGGACGAGGCUCUGGAUGGCAUCACCGUAGCUGUGGACCGAGCAACCCUGACUGUGGACAAGCAUAACCGGCGAAUGAGAAAGCUGAUGUAGUGGGGCAAGCGGCCACACAGCCACCCCUGGCUCUCCUGAUCCCCCUGUUGGUAGCCCUGUGCCUUUUGCACUGGGACCUGGAACACCCUCAUUGGUGCUGUGCAUCUGUGAGGCCCUGCUGGCAACUACAUCUUCCUAGGAUGCGCCAAGAGGAGCCACGCCAUGCAUGAGCAUGACGUGUUUAACACGUGCCCUCAGCAUGUGGGCCAAGCCCUGUGCAGGCAACGAUGGCCACCACAGUGCAGCCGUCCUUGCUGUCCACACUGACACCCCAGCUUCCUGCUGCCAUUGUGGGGCCAAGGCCCUGGUAACCUUGCACAAGUCAUAUCACAUUGUCAUCUUUCCACCAUUUUUGCCAGAGUGUCAAGAAAAUGUCAGUCCUUCUGAGGGAGAUGUACUUGGUCUAGCUCUGCAUUCACUGGCCACACACACUGGUUCCCCCUCAGAUGCUGCUGUAGCUCCCCUUCAUUUCCCCCUGCUCAUCAGAGUUCUCUAGAGGAGCAGGACCAGCAGCCUCUAUGUGUGUAUAAUGAAGAAUGUUUCUUAGAUUGCUGACAUCAUAGGGGCUGUGUCCACAACAGCAUAUUCACAUGGAGAGACAGAGAACACUGGCUGCCCAGUCCAAGAAUCUGGACCCCUCAGCAGCCCAGUGCUGACGGCCUGGAGUCAGUGGACUUGGUUCUGCUGUAACAAGUCAGAGUUAAUGGAGGCUGGUGUGAGCAGAGGAUGGUGGCGGCCAUGCGCUCUCACCCAGAGAGGGGGCCUGCUCACUCAGCACACGCUGCCUUCCUCUGCCUCCCAUGUAGGCUGCCCACAAUCAGGACAGUCCCUUUUCCUAGUCACCUUGUCUCUGGAAGCACCGCCACAGACACACAGGAAUGCCUCACCACCCCUGGACAGCUCUAAAUCUAGGAAGUUGAUGGCCGAGACCAGUCGCCCUCCUGGCCCGGCCGUGGCAGACAGCCUCUGUCUCCACGUGCAUGGUGGCUGCCUGGCAUCAGGAGUGCAGCCCACUCCAGCACAAAGGCCUCAGCAGCAGCAGUCGCCGCUUCCACCUCAAGCAGUGUCCUGACCCAGGCUGUUCAGAAUGUGAAGAGUUGCCUGGUUUAGAAGUGGCCCAAGCUAUGUCUUGCUGUUGCCCUUUGCUUAAUUGUGUGUUCUCAUUGUCCUGCUCGUGGCUAUUUCCACAAGCCCCGGCACAGUGGGCCACCAGGACUCACUCAUCAGCUUGUGUAGUUGGAGAGAGGGUCCUGUGGGUUAUUUUGCUUUUUGAGACAGGUUCUCACUCUAGUCCAAGCUGUCCUCAGACUUGCAGCAAUCCUCCUGCCUCAGCCUCCCAAGUGCUAGCAUUCUAGGUAUUCUAGGCCUCACCUAGCCCUUCUUUUGUUUAUUUAGUGGAUAUAAGAUGGCUGCUGUGGAGAUGGCUGCCUGCAGUGUGUAGUGAUGAGCUCAGAAAGAUACUAUUCACAGCUCUCAAGCAUUUGUGAGUCCUGUGUGCUGGAGCUGCUGUGCUCUUCCCUUCACUCUUUAUGAAGAGCAUAGUGAAGGGCCAGGCACUGUGGUAUCCCUGACUUGUUCUGGAACGCUGGGUUUGCUUCCUCCUCCUGUCUACCUGUCCUUGGCCCCCAUUAUCCAGCUUCCUCCUUCAGUUCUCUGCACCCCUUCCCCUCCUCUGCUCCCCACCCUCCACUCAGUGCUCCUGUGAGAUGCUGACCUUCUAGCACUUGUCUCUCUGUGCCUGGCUCUCUUCACAAGGCUCCAUGUCCUCUGGGUUUAGCCUUGCUGUUGCAAAUGAUGGGAUUUCAUGCUUUUCCCCACUGAGCACUGACCUAUAUACCUAUAUCAUGGUGUCUGUUUUUCUUAGUGCUAAGAACCCAGCUCAGGGCCUUGUGUGUGUUAGGCAUGUACUUCCCCACUGAGAUGCAUCCCAAGCCCUUGACCCUUUGAGGCUAGAGCUCACACCCAUCCCUAGCUGGCUUCUCACUUGCGUUUUCCCUUCCUCUGCCUCCUGAGUGCUGGGAUUACAGACCUGUGCCCCGAUGUUUUGUUUGCCUCACCCCCACCCACCUUUUUGAGUGUCACUUCUUUAGGUCUCACUAUGUAGCCCUGGCUGGCCUGGAACUCACCACGUAGACCAGGCUCUCCUCUAACUCACAGAGCUCCUCCUGCCUCUGUCUCCUGAGUGCUGGGAUUAGUGGCAUGUAGCACCAUGCCUGGCCUAGGUCAGUACUUUUAUUGUGCUUGCAUAAUAGACAGUAUUUGGGAGGAGACCUCUACCAGACAGGCCUCAGACUGGCUUCAAAUCCUGCCUCAACCUCCUGAGUGCUGGGAAUGCUGGUCUGUUGCCACCAUCUGUCUGCUUUUGAUAGAAGAUAGAUGUUUGCCAAGCCUCAGAGCUUACAGGAUCUUCCUGAGGAACCUUCUCUGUAGGCCUGUGAGGCAGAGCAGAGCAGAACAAGGCUGCCACAGCAUACGAUGGAGACGCUCAGAGAUGACUGACCGGGACCACCUGUACACUGUCUUCCCGUCAGUUCACCCCGCAGACACACUGCCUGAAAGACCGCAGUGAGGUUCUUAUGUGCAAGCAUAAGGAGAAGCUGACUCCAGAGUAGGACGAUGGGAAAACACGGGGAUUGUUGGAGCAGGAGACACCACCAAGCACAUCAAGUGUGGAUGCAAAGAGACACCCUCAACAUGAAUUACAUGCCAGAACCUGCACCUCAGCAUCAGCAGUGCAGAGCACACAGUAAGUGGAAAACACCUGUGUGUCCAUCCACACCGCACUUGACUGCUGCCUCAGAAUGGAGAGUUCAGCACUGCUGGAAUGUCACUGCCUGCAAGACACACAACUUCCUAGUGACUUAUCCAUUGCAGGACCCAAGCAAGGAUGGUGCUGGUCUUUGUCCCACGGGGCCUGUCAAGGGGUGGAGUCUCCGCUGACUCUCACAGUCACAGCCAUCUCACAGUCGGGUCUCCCGUGUCCCUGACUCCUCAAUAUAGUCUGCAGACUCUGGUGAUCUCUUCAGCUUCUCCCAGUUAGGUACCACGUCCUAAAGGCUCCACAGACUCAGAACACAGGCUAAGAACCAUGUCUUCCGACACAUGAGCCCACAAGGAACAUUUUAUAUACAAACUAUAGCAUCACACAGACAAAAUCUAGUCAGCGAUAGCCCUGUCUUAUUCUUAGAGGCGGAAUGAGACUUCAGAAACAACAAAAACAAAACAGCCAGGCAGUGGAGGCGCGCGCCUUUAAUCCCAGCACUUGGGAGGCAGAGGCAGGUGGAUCUGAGUCCGAGGCCAGCCUGGUCUACAGAGUGAGUUCCUGGACAGCCAGGGCUACAUAGGAAAACCUUGUCAAAAAAAAAAAAAAAAAAAGAAAAGAAAAAGGAAGGAAAGAAAGAAAGAAAACAAAACCAAGGAGGCAGAAUUUCAGAGAAAGAAUAAGUUAUUUACAUGGAAUAACUUUUAUUUUUCUUAUUAAACUGUCAGGUAAGUUUACUAAAAAUAAAUUAUCUACCAUAUCUGUGUGUAUGUGGAUAUACAUAGUGAAAUGAAUGACAGCAAUGAUAUGAAAGAUGAUGGGUAGAAGGAAUUAGAAAUAUUUUGUAAUUUUAAAAAAUUUAUUCUCACUCCUUUGUAAUGUUUGCCUGGAUAUAUGUAUGUGCACCUCAUGCAUGUGUGGUGUCCACAGAGGUCAGACAAUUUUUGGAUUCCCUGGGACUGGAGUUACAGAUGGUUGUGAGCUGAGACUCGAACCUGGGUCUUCUAGAAGAGUCUCCAGUGCUCUUAACUACUGAGCUAUCUCUCCAGCUCCCUGCCUUUUGUUUUUGAGACAGGAUCUCACUGUGUAGUCAUGGCUGAUGUACUUUCUGGGUUGAACAGGCUGGUUUCAAAUUCACAGAGAUCCACCUGCCUCUGGCUCCUGAAUGAUGACAUUAAAAGAAUUUGCCCUACAUCCAGCUCGUAAUUAUUUUUUAUAAUUAAUUUAUUAUUUGGCAAUAUCAUAUAUGUUUGCAUUCCCCCUCCUCUUUUCCCCAGAUCUCUACAAUGUGCUCCCUCAUUUUAUAUGUGUGUGCGUACACUGAGUCAGAUUGCUGUCUUCACAGUCAUGAGUGUAAAAACAUCAGCUGGGACAUGGACAGUGUACCAACAGCCACACCCCUGAAGAAAACUGACUCCCUGGCAGCCAUCAGUUGUCAGUAGCUCCUCAGUUAGGAGUGGGGCCUCAGAAGCCUCUUCCCCAUUCCUGCUGGAAUUUCGAUGGCUUCGUUUUAUGCAGGUAAUCAUAGCUAAUCAUAGCAUAAUCUGACUGUUGCGUGUCCCAAAGCCAGUAUUUCACAUCCCUCUCUCCUAUGGCUCCUACAACCUUUCCAGCUUUUUUUUUUUUUUUUUUCUGCAGUGUCCCUGAGCUUUGGGGGUUGGGGGUUGGGGGUUGAUACAGAUAUUCCAUGUAUAGUUGAGUACCCAAUGAUCACUUAUUUUUUGACCAGCUAUGACUCUGCAUUAACUACAGCUCAGAGCAGCUCUAAUCUGUGGAUAUAAACAGAACUAUUUAGGUGGCAGUCUGACAGCGUGAGUAUUUAGCAAAGCAGCAAUGGGUUCCCAGCCUAGGAUCCACGGCCUCUCCAGGCACAGGCUUUGCACUGUGUUUAUAUUACCAGGCAAGAAUUCCCUCCUGUGGAGCAGACUUCAAAUACAAUCAGAGAGAAACUAGUUAACCCCCCUCCCUCCCCCCCCCCCCCCCCCCCCCGUCAUACCGCUAUGCACAGUGAAUACUUCUUGUAUGGCAGGUCAAUGUUGUAGCAUAAGGCCCAUUGCUUAUCUUUCCACCUUCAACAGCUUGAGCACCUUCUGGCACUGUGAAAGCUAACUAGCAGGAAAGAACUUUUCUAGUUACUUCCAGCCUGUGUCCUUCAACCAAAGUAUGUAGUGUUUUAAGCAAUAGGGUCUCAUCCUCUAGUUAGGUGGGCAGCUGUAAUAAAACCAACCUAUUCAUACUCUCA